UAAAGAUGAAUCUAUAAACCACUUCUCUCUUUUCUUUUUCUUUUACUUUUUCAUUUUUUCAAUUCUCUUAUUCUUCAUUUUUAUCAGUAUACAUAUAUUUAUGUGCACUGUUGGGAAACAAAAGUUUGAUACAUUGGGUGUAAUAGAAGAAAGAAAAUGGGAAGGCUAUUUUUUAUCAAUCUUGAAGGAAACUUCUACUGUUGCAAGCACUGUAAAACUCAUUUUGCUCUCGUCAGGGACAUUCUCUCUAAGUCUUUUCACUGCAAGCAUGGAAAGGCAUAUCUCUUUAAUAAUGUUGUUAAUAUCACAGAAGGAGAGCCAGAGGAUCGAAUGAUGAUGACUGGAAUGCACACUGUUGCUGACAUAUUCUGUGUUGAUUGUGGUUCAAUUGUGGGAUGGAAAUAUUUGUAUGCACAUGAGAAGUCCCAGAAGUACAAGGAAGGCAAAUUUAUCCUUGAGAGGUUUAAGGUUUUGGGUCCAGAUGGAAGCAACUACGUGAUCAGUCAAGAAGCUCAGGCUGUUGAAGAAAGUGAUGAUGAUGCUUGAUUGGCCUUUCAGUUUAGAAUGAUUUACAUAAACUGUACAUGUUCUUCUUCUCGUGUUGAUUCUCAUGCCUGCUAACUAAAGCUUGGCAGCUUUCCUGCUUACAGAUCCAUUUACAAGUAGAGCAUUGCACUUUCAAUUUAUUUCAUUUCACCGAUGAAAUUUGACAAACGUAGUUUGUCUUCUUUUUUUCCUGCAUUGGGAAAUCAAUGAAUGCAGUUUGUUUUUGA